AUGAAGCUUUCACUCUGGACGUGGCUGGCCUGCCAUGUUGCUUCCACCUUCGCUCUGUCGCCCAGGCAUCCCGCCAGGAACCUCAAAACCCGCGCAACAGCAGCCUCUAACCACACCGCUUACUACUUUGACCAAGCGAUUGAUCACUUUCCCCAGAGCUCACGCUACGCACGUCACUCCAAUGGAAAGUUCAAGCAACGCUACUUCGUGGAGACGUCCUACUACAAGGCCGGCGGGCCUGUGUUCCUCUACCUGGCCGGGGAAGGUCCCAUUGAUGGCGACACUCAUCUCGACGUCAGUCUGAUCACGCAUCUGAUGGAGCAGUUCAAUGGUGCCGGCGUGGUGCUAGAGAACCGAUACUACGGCACGAGCUGCCCAUUCAACAGCUCCACCACCGACGAGCUGUUGUACUUGACAACGGAACAAGUCAUUGCGGACUUCGACGUAUUUGCUCGCAAGGUGACACUUCCAGGUCUAACGGACAUCAACGCACCCUCCAUGCCUUGGAUCCUGUACGGUGGUAGUUACCCUGGUGCUCUGUCGGCCUUCACGAAGAAGACGUAUGGUGACACCUUUGCUGGUGCCAUCUCAAGCAGUGGUGUCAUUCACGGUCAACUCGAGUAUCCGCAGUGGUACGAUCCCAUCCAGCUCCUAGCACCGCAGGAUUGUGUCGCCAGCAUCAACGACAUCGUCGACAACAUGGAUUAUCUCGUCAAAUCAAACAACACAGCCGCCAUCCAGCAGCUGAAAGAGCUAUUCGGCCUCGGUGCGCUCAAAGACAUCCGUGAUUUCGCACAGACAAUCGCGUUCCCCAUCGGAGGCCCGUUCGUAUACCCUACGUACACCUGGCAAGAAAUCAACUGGGACCCCACUCGAGGACACAUCGACUUCUUCGACUUCUGCCGCAACGUGACCGAUGGUAACGCCCCGGCCAACAACACAGAAGCCGACAGCGCUCUCGCCGCAAACACCAAAGGCCAGGUGUGGAAGAACCUGGGCAAUUACGCUGCGUACAUAAAGCGCGUCGUCCUCCCGCUGUGUCCGAGCGGAGACUAUAAUAGCGGAGAAUGUUUUGGCACACAGGACACGGCGCACUGGGCAAACACCACGAGCAACUACGUCCGAAGCUACCUGUACACGACGUGCACAGAAUUCGGCGCAUACCAAUCCGCCCAGCCAUACGGCAAGAAGUCUCUAAUCUCCCGCGUCAUCGACGCAGAGUACACCCAAGAAUGGUGUAACAAGGCCUUCCCGGCCGGCCAAUACAACUCCAUCCCGGCCACCCCCGAUCUCGAUAUCUGGAACGCAUACGGCGACUUCAACUUCACCGCAGAGAACCUCUUGUUCGUCGAUGGAACGGCAGAUCCUUGGAAAGAUCUAUGCUACCAUUCUGAUCUCGCACCGCAGCGCUACUGGAGCGAUGCGUACCCGCAGCACCUGAUCAAUGGUGCUGGACAUGUGUGGGAUCUGAGGACACUUGUGGAUGUGAGUGCAGAGCCGCAGUUCAUUCGUGAGGCUACUUAUCUUGAGCUUCGCACUGUGGAAAGAUGGCUCAAGGACUUCAGAGCAUAG